UCCAACUUUAGUAAUUUUAUUGAUGAAACAAUGUUAUUCAUAUUUGAUGUAUUAAUGAAUAAUCCAAAGGAUUCACUCUUCAAGGUUUUGCACUGAUACUGCGUUUGCCUUUUCCAGUUUGCCAUGGCGACUGUGGUGAUGGAGCAGAUUGGUCGCCUGUUCAUCAAUGCUCAACCGUUGCGUCAGAUUCCUCAGCUGCUCGAGUCGGCCUUCCCUACUCUGCCCUGCACCGUGAAGGCCCAUGACGUGCCCUGGGUGUUCCGCGAGCCUCACAUCAUUGGAGGCUACAGGCAGCCGGACCACAGCUGGCGCUACUACUUCUUCACCCUCUUCCAGAGGCACAACGAGGCACUCAACGUUUGGACCCACCUGCUGGCCGCCUUCAUCAUCCUGGUCAAGUGCCAAGAGCUGUCCGAGACAGUGGAUUUCCUCCGUGACCCCCAUGCCCAGCCCCUGUUUAUCGUCCUCCUCUCAGCCUUCACCUACUUGUCGUUCAGUGCCCUGGCCCACCUGCUCAACGCCAAGUCCGAGCUCUCCCACUACACCUUCUACUUCCUGGACUAUGUGGGCGUGGCCAUCUACCAGUAUGGCAGCGCCCUUGCCCACUUUUACUACGCCAUCGAGGAGAGCUGGCACGCCCGGGUGCGAGGGAUCUUCCUGCCCACCGCAGCGUUCCUGGCCUGGUUCUCGUGCUUCGGCUGCUGCUACGGCAAGUAUGCCAGCCCGAGGCUACCCAAGUUUGCCCACAAGCUGUUCCAGGUGGUUCCCUCAGGCCUGGCCUACUGCCUGGACAUCAGCCCAGUGCUGCACCGCAUCUACAGCUGCCACCAGCAGGAGGGGGGCUGCUCCAACCAGGCCGUGGCUUACCACCGCUACCAGGUACUCUUUUUCCUGGUGAGUGCCUACUUCUUUGCCUGUCCCCACCCAGAGUGCUGGCUGCCCGGGCGAUGUGACUUCAUUGGCCAAGGCCACCAGAUCUUCCACGUGUUCCUGGUGCUGUGCACCCUGGUGCAGAUCGAGGCGACACGCAUAGACUACAUUGAGCGGAGGCCCCUCUACGAGCGUCUCCAUGACAACCUGGCCCACGACACAGUGGCGCUCUUCGUCUUUACAGCAUGUUGCAGCGCUCUCACUGCCUUCUACGUGCGGAAACGUGUGCAGGCGCAAAUGCUUGAGAAAGUGGAGUAGGAGCUGUCAGGACAGAGGGAUAAAUUAGGAUAAGGGAGAAAUACUUUAAUCUGAUUUACACUGGAAAGCUAAAAGAGAUUAAACAAAUCAGACUGUUCAUUUUGUAAAAAGAUGACCUGCUGGGUUUUUUUUCUCAGUGAUUUUUUUGUGGCCUGCCAAAUGACAUUUUAAACUGGCAACAUAGACUUUGUCUUGCGAUGUUGACUUUCCAUGAAGACAGAGAAACCUGGUAGUUUCUUUCUGUCACAACACAAGCAGUACCUAUAACACUUCAAAUAACAUUGUUUCACUUCACAUAAAUGGUAACAUGAAGCUUGGAAUUGAGACUUUUUUAUUGUGUUGAUUUUCCUCUUAAUUUUCCACUCUCUACUCUGAGAUCACAUGUCAUGGCCUAGCUAUCUACUGAAUAGUCAGAAUGACUUUUUGACUAUAUACAAUAUUUACUGACCAACUCCAAGCAUGACACAAACCAUCUCAAUAGAGGUAUGCAGGAAAGAAUGGAAAGUAUACCCAAAAUGCCCUU